GCUGACAGCUCGAAUUUGUGACAUAACGCGUGCGGGCGCAGAAAAACAUGCGAAAUUCGGUUCGGCAAUUUUAAUUUGCAAGUUUUUCAAAGAAAUCAAGUGAAUUAACCAGUGCUCCACGAUGAACAACCUUUGCCGUUCGGUGUCCAAGCUGCCCGCCCAUCCGGCGUUCCGGAUCGCGACCGGCAAGCGCCUCUUUGCGACGCAAACUGUCCGCCGCCAAAGCACCUCGACGGAAUCGAAAGAGAAAAUCGUCAUUCCUGCGCGGAUCGAACGCGGUCCGACGGACAUCCUAAACGCACUGUCCAGCACCGUGGGCUACGACCCGACGGCGCCGCACUACAAGUACCACGACGAUCCGUACCUGAUGCCGAUGUCGAACGUGGGCAAGAAGACGUUCGCGAUGGCCCAGGAAGCGGGUCGGAAGGCGGCCCGCUGGAUCCGGCAGGAGAAUGCGAAGCUGUUUAGGCACCAAGAAGCGGACCCGCCGAUUCCGGCGUUUGCUCCGACGAUGGUUUACACCGAGGAGAGCCAGGUCGAGGAAACGGACCUGCGUCGGUUGAUUGAGAACGUUGAGGUGCAGGAUGCCAUCCUGGUGUACAACCUGCUGAAGAAGAACAACAUCGAGGUUAGUCCCGAGUUGAAGCAAUCGCUGCUGGAGUUGGUUUGCUUCUUCAACCACGAGGAAUCGCUGGAGGAGGAGUACAUCGAGGAGCGUUGGUUCCGGCAGGGUGUUACGGAGAAGGGACGCCAGCGCAAGACCUGGAAGGACUUUGAGCUGGCCGAGCAGCUGUUCCACGAGGUGGAGGAGAAGCGACCGGAGCAUUAUUGCGUGCUGAUUCGGGGGAUGGCCAAGUAUUAUCAGGUUGAGAAAGCGUGGGCCCUGUACCAGGAGACGAUCGAGAAGAAGGUCCUGCUGGACACGACCACGUUCAACAGCCUGCUGCAGAUCGCUUCGUUCCUGAAGGAAAGCUACGACAUGAGGUGGGAUCUGGUGUGCGAGGUGCUGACCACGAUGAAGAACCAGGGACUGCGGCCGAACGUGGGCACGUUGAACGCGGUGCUGCAGACGAUCACUACGAUUGGCGGGUACAACCAUCCGCGGAGUUACGCGCUGAAGACGCUGGCGGAGUUCAAGAAGCUGGGGGUUGAGCCUUCGCUCGCGAGUUGGUACUACAUGUUGGCGAUCUUUUGUCGCGAGCGGGGACCGACGAGCCACAUUUUGCACGAUAUCAUGAACGAAAUUGAGGGGAAGGAGUUUGGGAUUGUGGAUCCGAAGGAUACAUUCUUCUUUGUGACGGCCAUGGACGUCUGCCGGAACCAUCUGCACGACAAGGACUUGGCGAAGAGGGUCAACAAGUUGCUUCACCACAAGGACAACUACAACCUGAUUGGAGAUUCGUACAAGGAAUCAAUCUACUAUCGUCACUUCUUCAUGGUUCUGUGCAGCACGGAACCGCUGGAAACCUUCAUGGAAACGUACCACCUGCUCGUCCCGAACGUCUACAUUCCGGAACCGUCCGUCAUCGAAGAAAUCCUCAAAUCCAUCGACGUCAACUGCGCCAUCGAGCACGUCCCCCUCCUCUGGUCCCACAUGAUCCAGUUCGACCACACGAACCGCGAAAACCUCCUCCUCCUCCUGCUCCAAAUCAUGAUCACCAACCCCCCGAAAACCCCCGAACUCGUUCAAAAGUUCACCGCCAUCGCCUGGGACAUGUACACCCGCCUCGAGGAACAAUCCGCCCUGGCCGGAACGCGCAACCAAAAGUCGGUCGCCCUCUCCGGAGCCCUGCUCGGCGACAUUCUCCUCCUGGUCUGCCGCGGUCGCGAAGAGUUCGAAAAGGCGCAAACCAUCUUCGAGAAGCUCAACACCGAGCAGAACUCGAUCGUGGGCGAUCCCAAGGUCGAAGCGAUGCGGUCGUUCAUCCAGUUCUGCAUCGACGAGCGCAAGCCCAGCCUGGCGAUCGGGGCGCUGCAGUACUGUGCCGAGAACGGGUUCCCCGAGAGUGCCGAGCUGGGCCGGAACAUUGUGCGGUCGCUCACGCUGGACGAGGUGCAUUUGGGGAAGAUUAAGCGGUUGGUUGGGGCGGAGGUGCUGAAGCCGGUGGAGGAAGUGGCGAAGUAGGUUGGGAUUUGAGCGUUGUAAUUAGUGGAAAAUAAAUGAAAACUCAGAA